GCAAUCAUCAUUAGAAUCCUUACAACAACGUGCAAAAGCCUUAGGUAAACAUUACUAAAAGGCAAACCUAUGACGAAUGCAUCGACAGCAGUCACUACCGGUGCGGGAACCAAGGCCUCAUCGUCACUUCGGUGGUGGGGGUUCCUGGGGUUGGCCCUGUCAAUUCUGGUGCAAGUCUUGCUAUCCAUGAAAGAAACGCCUCCGGAAUAUUCCGACCUAGAGGCAUCGCCCGAAUUCGAUCGGGCUCUGAGGUCCAUUAUCCUGGGUGGCGACGGGGACGACGACGACGACGACAUCGACAUCGACAUCGACAUCGACUUUGAGUUUCCCUACAACCUGGUCGAACUCAAAAACACGCCCUCGGGGACAGGGACGUUUUUGAAGAUUCUAACCUGGCUCGUCACGAGGUCCCUCGUGUCGCCGUUUCUGCUGCGGCGCAAUAUCAACAAGAACGGAGUGGGAUUGAUCCGAAAGCUUUCCUCCACCAAGGAUUACGUCCGAUCGCUUCCCGUUACCCACCACCCGUUCCACCACGCGUCCGACGAACAAAUGGAGGCUUCGACCGAGUGGAACGCCGUCUACAGCAGUCGCCCCAAUGGCGACGAGAACGGACUGAAACUGUACGAAUCCAAGUUUGUCCAGCAACGAACGGAACAAAAUACCAAAGAAGGACAAGGUUCCGGGGGAUUUCGCACGGUCGUCGACUACUACAAGGUCUAUUCCUCUGGGAAUGCCACCCCCACCCAAGUCAUGGAGCGCUGGAUCAAUGGCGCCACAAAACACCUGGGACACCUCAACAUCUUUUCCGCGAUGGAACCCGACCUGAUUCUGGAGCAGGCCCGGGAAUCCGACAGGCGAUGGAAGGCCGGAGCUCCGCUGUCCAUAUGGGACGGUGUCCCCGUGGCCAUCAAGGAUUGCUCCUCCGUGAAGGGCCUGCGGAUGUGCGAGGGAAGCAGCGUCUGUACCGACCCCGAAAAAGAAGAAGACGACAUUCCCUCGGAGUACCUAAAGCAAGCUGGCGCCAUUGUUGUCGGGCUGACAGUGAUGAACGAGGCCGGGRCCACGCCCCUGGGCUACAAUGCUCACUUCAAUGGACCCUUCAACGCAUACGAUACAGAUUAUUACUCGGGGGGCUCCAGCAGCGGGUCGGCCGUUGCCGUUGCCGCGGGACUCGUCCCCAUGGCAAUCGGGUGGGACGGCGGGGGAUCCAUCCGGAUACCGGCGGCCAUGUCCGGGAUGGUGGGGCUGGCCCCCACCUUUGGCCGGGUUCCCUUUACACAAAACCGAGGGAGCUCCAACGUGAAGGCGGGCCCCAUCGGGGCGACGAUGGCCGAUGCGGCUCUGGCGUACAUGCUGCUCGGGCAGGUGUACGGGCGUUCCGACGCGAGCAAAGCCAGCAAGCAGAGAAGAAGCACGAAACGAAAGGGRCAGCGAAGCUUUGAUCACGACGUCUUUUACAGCAACCUCUUUGGAGAAAAAUACAUGCCGGAUCCGCACCUGGGGGGCUACGUGUCGGAAACCACAGCAGAAAGUUCCAGCAAGCCGCUCGAGGGAACCAGACUCGGCGUCUUCUGGGACCACUUCAAGCACACCGAUCCAGAGGUCUAUGAAACCUGCCGGAAAGUCGUUCGGUACCUGGAAGACGACCUUGGCGCAACCAUUGUCGACAUCACCGUCCCUUUUCAACGACAGAUCCACCUGUCGCACGCCGUCAAAAUCCUCGCCGAGUUCGGAAGGGGAUGGGAAACCCCCUAUUACGACCCCUCCCACAAGCUCCUGCCCAACACGCAAAUCAGCAUCGGUCUCGGAAGGACGCUGACCGCCGGGGAGGUCAUGGCAGCGGAGAACGUCCGGACCUUUGCCAUUCGGUAUUACCGAGAGCAUCUCUUUGGGACCAAGAAGCUGGACGCGAUCUUGUCUCCUACCAUBGGGGUUUCCGUYCCGAAGCUCCCCCCCGGCUACCGGGAGGUGGGGGAAACCAACGUCGCUCUGACCUACAACAUUAUGAGGUUCGCUUCGACGGCCAACUUUCUGGGUCUUCCGGGGCUAUCCAUCCCGGUAGGGUACGAGAAGGGCACCGGCCUUCCAAUCGGCUUUCAGUUUAUGGGGGAUGCCUGGAGCGAGGCCACGCUUCUGAGRCUGGGAAGGCUCGUGGAAGAGGGCUUUGGCCUUAAGCGUCGAAUACCGCCGGAACAAAACUUUUUCGACGUCCUCGCACCAUGGAUGGCAGCCCAGGAAUGAUUCGAAGCAGAACGAGUGGAAAGAAACAAAUUGCACCCAAUUGCAUUGCCUUGAAUUGAACCGAAUURAAUUCCAUGUGAUUAAAYGGAAUCCUKACAC